AUGAAUGUUCCUCACAUGCCUGGAGUCCACCCUGUGGCUAUUUCUCGACCGCAGGUUGGCAUUGAACGCCUUCCUACUCGUCGAAUGAGCAAUGAACCACGGGAAUCGAUGAAUUGCAAAUCAUGCCGGAAGCGGAAGAUCAAGUGCAAUCGACUUCGACCUUCCUGCGAGGCCUGCCAGGUCUUCCAAUGUCCCUGUGUUUACGACGCUGUACCCAAAAAGCGUGGACCGAAGACAGACGUACUAGAAGCCCUCCUGAAAAGAGUAGAUGGGCUCGAGGCCAAGUUGAGAGAAAAGGGAGAGGACGAUGUGUCACUUGCAACUACGAAUUUGCCUGGAGCCGGGAAAGGAGAAGCUUGCGAAUCUGGCUCUCAAGCUACAGAAGUUGGCGAGCUGGUAUCCAAACAGCUCGCAGUCGAUGCACGCACCUCUCCUGGAGAUACCGCAUCACUUUCUCCACGUACACCAGUAGCUCGGGAUCUCCCCCCUCCUUCGGUCCAAGCCGAGGCAUUGCUUGACACCUAUUUCGCUAGGUUUCACGGUAAACCCUACUAUAUCGUCGACGAAUCAUCCAUACGACAAAGACUUCAACUCAACCAACUCCCCAAGUUUCUCUCUUUUGCCAUUUCCGCAGUGGCGGCGAGACACAACACCGACCCCAGUGGGUAUCAAGCAGCUGCCAAUCUUAGUGAAGAUCUUGCAGCGCGGGCCAGACGCGAAAUCAAUACCGACGAGCCAUCAAUAGAUGGAUUGCAAGCGCUUCUGUUAUUGGUCAGCGCCUUCACUGCAACAGGAAAGGGAAAGAAGGCUUAUAUGCUCAUGACGAGUGCUACUGGAAUGGCUAUGGCACUUGAAAUUCAUAAAGAAACCGAUGGACAAGCUCGAAUGACACCUGUAGAGCGAGAGAUGCGACGCCGACUUUUUUGGACUUGUUACCUGCUUGACCGAUUUCAAGCAACUGGUUCAAAGCGACCAAGCUUGAUUAGCGACAACACCAUCAUGCUACGUCUUCCUUCCUGGUCCCCCAAUUCCUCCUCGCUUCCAGUCGAGGGGGAGUUUUUCCAAACGGGUUCGAAUCUCCAAUACUUUCAAGGUAGUGACAAGAAGCCUCAAGGAAGCAUGGGUAUGCUCAUCGAUAUCACGCGCGUUCUCGGGAACACAAAUCGGUACUUGGCUGCGGGUGGUGUCAAGGGCGACUCUCACUUCCCUUGGCACACUCUUUCGACCAUCUCCAAGAUUCGUCAAGAUCUCGACGUCUGGGCUUCUGGAACAGAAGAGGUCUUUUCAAACCCUAGCGCAAUGCUUGGACAAGCAGACUCGACCAUACUUCUACUCAGCAAAGUCAUCUAUCACCUCAUCCAUUGUCUCAUUUACCGACCAUUCCUUCCCAUCGAUCUAGCAGAGCUUGCCGAAACAGGACAACACCAGUCGUGGCAGAUUGAAGCUACCAACAUGUGCUUUCUACAUGCAAACGCCAUCAUGGAGCUGAUUCAACUUGGAAAACAGUCGGGAAUCGUUGAUUGGCCUGCAUUUAUCGGAUAUUGUGUCUGCACGGCGGGCACGGUUCAUGUUCACGGAGCCCACUACAGCCAACAAGGAAGCCAGGGUGAGGUGAAUGUCUUCAGCUCUGCAGCAGAUUUCCUCUCUCGCGAGAUGCAAUUCCUAAGUGAACUUCGCUAUGCCUGGGCCACAGUACAGCAUCAACGCGAAACACUACAGGACAUUAGCCAUGCACAUGGGGAGUUGGUAAAGGCACUGGCACGCAGCUCUAUGCGAUAUACACCGGGAUUCCACAGCGAGGACUUUUUUGACCGAUACUCCAGUAUAGGAGGACCUGGUGGCCCAUCUUUCAGCUUUGAUGCAGCCAAUCUUCGCCUGUCCGAUGUCGCGGUUGACAUGAGUGCUGGGCCUACUGCUGGCGAGGACAACCUACGAAGCCUCGAUCGACCACAACGCCCCAGUCUCAAGCGCAAGAACACAGCGCCACCAGGCCCCAUUAACCGCAGAAGGCCUGAUGUGAAGGUGAUCUCGAGCCUUGCACCUUCUGCCACAGGCCUACCUACCCCAGGUACUGCUCGUCGGUCGUUUUCAUACACUGCUAGCGGAGUGCCGCAUUCAUCACCAGGCCUUCUUGCAACACCGACCUCGCUGCCAGGCCAUCACGAAAAUCAUGAGAUGUACGCUAUGCACGAGCAUAUGAAUGAUGCAUCGGCAAACAAUGCUGCAGUUGCGGCGGCAGCAGCAGCAGGUUUCACUAUGUCACCUACAUCACACGCCGUUUCAUCUCAUCCCAUGCAUCCCAUGGGUGGCGCGCCAUUCAGUCCCCCUUACAGCUAUGGAUCUGGAUCAAGCAUCACGAACACGGGCCCUGGUAUGAUCAAUGAAGCCAAUGGAGGUUACGACGCAAUGUUCGGUACAGUACCCACGAACGCGUUUGGAAGCCCUGCUGCAUGGCACGGGGAUGAUAACCACAACAAGAUGCAUUUCCACCAGGCUAGGGUGGCAGCAACGAGCCCUGGAGGUCGAAGCAACAACGGCAGCAGUGGAACGGGCCAGGGCGAGGAGAAGGACCCGUUCUUGGCUCUCCUGGAGCAACUUGCUGAGAACGAGAACCGCUCUCAGAACGGACAUGGGGGGGACUUGGACUUCUUCCUUGGCAACUCAAAUGUGAAUCAUUGA